AUGUUGGGGCGGAUUUAUCCGCUAGCGGUAUUGCUGGUGUUCGCCGAUGUGGUUCUAAAAACAUCAUGUAUGCAUCAACCAUUAACGGAGAAAGGGAGUCUGACCUUUGUAAUAGAUGAUACUUGGUCUAUGACGGAUGACAUAAAUCAAGUCAAAAGCAGCGUGAGCCGGAUCAUGGAUAUCGUGUUUAGUACGAAGGCCAGUAUUAUCAGCAACAUGGUGCUCGUCACAUUUAAUGACCCAGAUGCACAUGUGAGGGUAGUAACCAACAAGCGUGAAGAAUUCAACAAAGCAUUGAAGGCAGUUGAAGUACACGGUAAUAAAAACUAUGACUGUCCAGAAAUGUCAAUGCAAGGAUUGAUCCUCGCUUUGAAAAACAGUAAUCGUGGCUCCCACAUUUACGUGUUCACCGAUGCUACAGCCAAAGAUCACAAGGAUGCUUACCUUGUCAAACAACUGUGUCAGGAAAAACAAUCCCAGAUUUCUUUUGUGAUAACCGGAAGAUGUACGGCGUCUUAUCCAGAUAAAAUGAUGAGUGUGUAUUACGAAAUAGCCCAGGCGUGUUCAGGGCUGGCAUAUGAAGUGAACAAAAAUGAAGUAUCAGAGGUACUCAGACCUAUAACCGACAUAAUAAGUGGUGAAAAGGUUAUAAUUAAAACAACGACUGUUCCACCUCGUGUUUUGAAAGAUAUUUCAUUCGAAAUUGAUGAACAAACUGAAUACGUCAUCGUAUCCGUUACGGGUAUGAACGUGUACUUAAAAUUAUCUGGACCAACCGGCAAACAAGAAAACUUAAUGUGGAAUGCCAACGGUAAAGUGGUGAAACUGGUUGGUACAAAGCCUGGCAAAUACAUCGCUACCGUGAAAGGUGAAUCCCAAACAUCCGUCGUCAUAGUGGGCAGGUCUGAUUUCCUCUUCAAACAUGGUUUUUCGGAAGAGAAACCUAAGUCACUCAACGAUACGACGCUCCAACCAAUUGCUAAUACAAAUAUCUACCUGUCAGUAUUCGUUUCUGAUGAACGGCAAACAGUGGAAAUAACAACAGCCCAGAUCUUAGGAAUGAACGAUACACCAAUCACAGCUGAUCUUCCUUUGACAAAAGUUUCGAAAGAUUUUUACAUUUCAUCACCCUUUGUUACACCGACAGUAAUGUUCAAAGUAGUUGUGAAAGGAAAGGUGAUAGCAACGGGUCACUUUAUAAAGCGUAUCUCAAGUAUCCCUGUCACACCCUCAAAACCAAAAAUCAUUGACAUGAACAAAUUGGAUCCGUUGUCCGACGAAUUCAUUGCUUUAAUCAAUUCCAAGCAAAAAACGUGGAAAGCCGGCAGAAACUUCCCCAAGAAUACGUCAUUUACAAACCUGAAGUCUUUACUUGGUACAUUGGAAGAUAAAUACAUUCAAAAAUUAGAAAAAGCUGAUCAUGUCGGGGGUUGUAUAAAUCUCCCCGAAAGUUUCGAUCCGAGAGAUAAAUGGACGAACUGCACUUCCUUAAACGAAAUAAGAGAUCAAGGACAAUGUGGAAGUUGCUGGGCUUUCGGUGCAGUGACAACGAUGACUGAUAGGUACUGUAUAUUUUCUGGUGGCAAACUAAAUUUCCACUUCUCCGCUCAAGAUCUUAUCACAGGUUGUCGUAAGUGCGGAGGAAAAGGCCCAUGCGGUGGUGGUUGGCCUUCAUUAGCUUUCCAAUUUUGGCAGAAAUGUGGUAUUGUGUCUGGAGGCAACACGAAUACGUCGACUGAAGGAUGUAAGCGUUACAGUCUUCCUCCCCCUGAAAUAUGUGAAAAGAAAUGCGACACUGACGAUAUAGAUUAUGUAACUGACAAACGCCGUGGUAAGAAAGUGUACAGCAUUGCUCCUAACGAAGAAAGUAUUAAAGUUGAACUGUACCAAUAUGGGCCUGUAGAGGUGAUCUUUAAGGUUUAUAGUUCAUUUUUCCAUUACAAACAAGGAGUAUAUACAUAUGACCCACAGGAACAAACAGUACAGGGUUUACAUGCCGUCAAGGUGUUGGGCUGGGGGGUUGAAAACGGUGUUAAGUACUGGCUUGUGGCGAAUUCUUGGGGUACUAAAUGGGGUGACAAAGGAUUCUUUAAAAUACGGCGUGGACAAAAUGACUGUGGGAUAGAAGAAUCGAUUGUAACUGGAGUUCCAUUGUAUCCAUAA